UCUCAUUCGUGUUGAAACGGAUUGUCGAGUCUCACUUGACCUGGACCUGUGCAGUUCUCCAUCACAAGCUUACAUUUCAGCUAAGCCCCACUACCCUUCACCUCAUCCGUCUACUACGCCGGGGGGGCGCAACUAUCCAUGGCGAAUAAAAACCGGCGGCUGCGGUCCUCGUCCGUCUCCUUUGGGGCCGGCUCGAUCCCAAGGCCGAGCUUUGACCAGGAGCCCCGCAAUGUCAUGCGACGCCGUUCAUCGUCGCCGCGAGUCUUCUCGCCCUGGCGACGCGCCGACAGCGUCAUGGAGCGGAUCAUGAACCCGUUCCUGGACCGUGAGUCGCCGUCCCAAUGGAAUCGCUACAAGCCCGUGCCAACUUUGCCGGAGCUGCAACUUGCACCUGAUGCUCCAGUUCCAGAACCAGCGGAGACUGCUGCUCGGCAUACGCAGCUAGCAGCCGCAGAGAAAACUCAGCCCACAUACAAGAAGUCACUCGCUUUCCAUGGUGGACUGCACUCAACCUACGUGGCGGAUUACCCGAGAGGACUGCGCGGCCUGUUCGUGUUGAUCCAGAGUCCUUUGCUACUGAUUACUAUUGGCAUUUUCGCUGGCAGCGUGGGGCUCGCCAUCGACGUUUGGGGUGUCGAGAUCGCACGCUAUCAUCAGUGGCUUGGGGACCAAGGCUUCGGGCUGUUUGUCAUGUCUGCGUUGCUAGCUGGCGGUUUCUCGGCGGUUCUGACGCAGUGCGUGUGUCCUCAAGCAGCAGGAUCCGGUCUGCCGUUCAUGAGAGUCGCUAUCUCGGGCAUCGAUAUGAGUGCCUACCUGUCCUUCCGCUGCGUAGCUACCAAGAUUAUUGGACUGAUGGCUGCUUUGGGUGCAGGUCUGUCCAUUGGCAAGGAGGGUCCAUUCAUCAUGAUUUCCUGUGGUUUUGCCAGUGUGCUGAUGAACUGGCGUCCAUUUCGCCGCAUUCGCGACGACGACACAAAACGUCUUGAAAUGCUAGCUUGUGCGUGUGCUGCUGGUGUGGCCGCCACCUUCGGCUCGCCGUUUGGAGGUGUACUUUUCGGCGUAGAGGUAACAUCGCACUUCUAUCUUGUCCGGACGUUGCCACGCUCUUUCUUCGCAGCUAUCGUUGGCGCUUUGCUCGUCGAUUUUGGUGCUGCAAAUACACGCUACGGACUCUUUGGUAAUCGCAGCAUGGGUAUAUCUGCUGACACUGACGCUGUGAACGGAAGCGGUGGGGCCACUUUCGUCGAACUCUGCGUGUUUUCAAUCUUGGGCGUCGUCUGCGGUCUUGGAGGCGCGUUCUUCAACUACAGUUUGUCGAUUCUUGUACGAGCACGUGAUCAUUUCUUCGAGACUUCGCCAUUUACUUCACCUCGUCGUGCGUGGUGGGACGCACUUGGCAAGCGACUGGGACUUGUGCUGGUUGUGACGAUGCUUUCCUGUUGGCUGGAAUUCUAUGGAGAUAGUGCGUGGUUUCUAAGACAUGGCUCUCCUCGCCGCAUUCUGGACGCGCUUUUCUCUAAGGACAAGCAAGUCUUCGUUGCUGACGGUACUCCAGAUAGCACAGAAGAGGACAGCUUGCUGCUUUCGAGAUCACUGGUAACGUUCUUACCGCUCAAGUACGUGCUGACACUCAUUAGUAUUGUGCUACCCGUGCCGGCCGGCUUGUUCACGCCCACGUUCGUCAUCGGAGGCAUCUUUGGUCGUCUUGUUGGCGAAGCUGUGCGUGCUUUCGGUCUUUGGCACACCCAUUAUGAACCCUUUGAGUUCGCUAUCAUCGGUGCUGGAGCAUUCUCUUCGGGCGUGACCCACGCCGUCUCCACUGCUGUUAUCAUUAUGGAGAUCUCACACACAGAUGGACUCAACUUGCCCGUGUCGGUGGCCAUUUUGACCGCAUACUUCACCGCCAAGCGAUUUACUGAGAACGUGUACGACGUACUGAUCGUAACAAGCCAUCUACCUCGGCUGAAAAAGCUGCCGAAGGCUGCGUAUGAUAUUCCAGCCUGGGAAGUGAUGAAGGAUGUCGCUGAAAUGGGCAUUCUAACUGCUGACUCGACGUAUGAGGACGCAUUGGCUCUGCUUAAACGUUCCGACAUGGAGCCUGUAUUCCCAAUUGUAGACUCGUUAGAAAAUCGCUUCUUGUUGGCCACAGUUACGCGCUCUCGACUGGCCUACGCCGUAUCGCGCUGUCAACGCCAAGGCGCGACGUUCAUUCCGCUCACUCCUGUCAGUCUGCUUCAACCUACCAACGCCGAGGCUGCAGCAACGGCUGCUACGUCGCUGCUUUUCCUCAGCACACCGCGGUCUACCACCCCGACUACAGUACAGACCACCGGCUUCGACUCCGUCCUCCGCGCCCCAACACCGGUAGUCCGCGCUUCGUAUGGGGCGAUGGACUCGACACCUCAAAAUGACAGUGAUGAGUCCGACGAUGAGGAAGCCGAGGACGGGCUUGAUGAGCUCCCUGUGCAGCAGCUGAGCGCGCCGAUCCACUUUGCCUUCAAGCGUGGCGGCAAGGUGAUGGACUGGGGCACGAACGAGGUGUGCGAGCAUUCCAAGCUGACGGUGCUGAUUGAUCCGUCGCCGUUCCAACUGAUGGAGAUGACGCCGAUGCGGCGUGUAGACAUGCUCUUCCGCAUGCUGAAGCUUAACAACGUGUUCGUGGCGCGCUCAGGCAAGCUGAUGGGUGUCAUUAGCCUCGAGCGCAUGAUGACGUUCCUCGGUACCACGACGCCCUACCAGGCACCAGGGCUGGUGCGGACGCUCAAGAACUUCUGCUCCAAGACUUGAGCAACCACUUCAACUUGUCAGGCGUCAACGAUUGGCUAUAUUAGAUGCAGACAUCAGCCAAUAGAAAUAUUUACCUCAUUUAUUCCAAUCACAAAUUUGAAUAAAGAACUCCAUUUUCAUC